AACAUUCCUAUUCUUCCGGAUGUCCCAGCAUUCUUUGAAAAGCAACAUGGCGGCGCCCAUGUGUUUGGAAAAGUUUGUGUAGAUUUUUUUGUACGUUUUUCAGAACUCCUGCCGACAAUGUCGAUGUGAUUUAUAUCGGAGCGAUCUAACAGAGUGAGAAAUGAGUGAGUUUGACGACGCCAGUCACAAGCCCCACCGGGCGCGGCAGCAUGGCCGUAAGCAGGAGAAGAAGAAGGCUAAAACUACCCAGGAUGAAAACCUGUCGGCCAGACAGCGUAACCCCAAAGCCUUCACUGCACAGUCAGCUGUGCGUAUGGCCAGGCAGUACAGGAGGGCUCAGGAUGUGAAGACCAAGAAGCAGCACAUCCCGUAUGUGGAUAGAACCCCCCUGGAGCCCCCUCCCAUCGUGGUGGGGAUUGUGGGGCCCCCUAAGGUCGGCAAGUCUACCCUGAUGCAGUGCCUGAUCAAAAACUUCACCAAGCAGAGACUGUCCAAUGUCCAGGGGCCUGUCACUAUUGUCUCUGGCAAGAAGAGGAGAUUGACUCUGUUUGAAUGUGGGAAUGACGUCAGCUCCAUGAUAGACAUCGCUAAGGUCGCUGACUUGGUUCUGCUGCUGAUCGAUGCCAGUUUUGGUUUUGAGAUGGAGAUUUUUGAGUUCCUGAACAUCUGCCAGGUUCACGGCUUCCCAAAGAUCAUGGGUGUUCUCACCCACCUGGACCACUUCAAGAACAACAAGCAGCUCAGGAACACCAAGAAAAGACUCAAACACAGGUUCUGGACAGACGUGUAUCCUGGUGCGAAGUUGUUCUACCUGUCUGGUAUGGUGUAUGGAGAGUACCAGAAGACUGAGAUUCACAACCUCGGCAGGUUCAUCUCCGUCAUGAAGUUCCGCCAGCUCCAGUGGAGAACAACCCACCCCUACAUCCUGGCAGACAGGAUGGAAGAUCUGACCAGCCCAGAAGACGUGAGACAGAACCCGAAGUGUGACAGGACGGUCGCGCUGUAUGGAUUCCUGCGUGGGGCUCACAUGAGGACCAACAGCAGUGUGCACAUUCCAGGUUGUGGAGACUUUGUGGUUCGAGAUGUCAGCAUGCUGCCUGACCCCUGGUUGCUGGUGCAGUGCUUUACUUCAGCGUCUGUGGUCGACUCCGUGUACACCAGCGCUCGCCAGCCCUUGAUCGGAUGUUUCGUGGCCUUUGCCGACCUGAAGACGAUGCUAUGUGUUGACGGAAUGGCUCACUGGCCCAUCAAUGAUUUUCAAGGUGUGAACCUCAGACAUGUUCAGGUCGAGGAACUUGAUGAACAAAGUCUUCCCUGCAGGGAUGGAGAAGGAAUGAUGCAGGUGGAUCCAGAGGUGUCAUUCAGAACACCUGGAGAUGUAUCAAGGAAAAGAAAAGUGACGGGGGAGGAAAAAGAUGGUUAUGCUUUUGCCGACAGCGACGAUGACCUUGAGGUGGAUUGGGGCGUCCCGCACCCUCCUGGAAAAGCACCAGUUCCCAGUCCUUCAACUUCAAAGUCAUCUCAAACACAUCCAACCUCAAAAACUGAGGAAUCAAAAGAGGAUGACAGUGAUGGUGAGAAUGAUACAGAGGAGGAGAUGGAUGAUGAUGAUGAUGAAGAUGAAGAGAUGGUGGUUGCCAUGGAAACUAUUAAGGAGAAGGAUAAACACGCCACACAGAUGAGGAAAGACUCCUCAAGGACAGACCAAACAACUCCUGAAGUUGGCAUUCCGAAACCAAAGACGAACUUGAGACAGGAGGAAGGCUCUGGAAAAAGGAAAGGAAAGAAGGUAGAUUCUGAGAGUGAGGAAUCAGAGUCUGAACUGAAGAGCAACAUGUCUGAUUCCUCUGGUGAGGAUGAUGAGGAUGCAGGGAGUGAGUUAGAUGAUGAUGAGGAUGAGGAGGAAGAUGAUGAGGAAGAUGAUGAGGAUGAGGACAGUUCUAUUGAGGAAGCUGAAGAUGAAGAGGAGGAAGAUGAGAGGACCACGCCAGAUGACACAAAUGAGGAAGAUGAUGAACUUGGUGGCUUGUUCAAAAGAACAACAAAAAAGAGUGAGGGAAGGAGGGGAGGACCCAACGAUCUGGACUGUGCCAAGUUUCCCAUCACAACGGGGGAGGCCAGGGAGUUUGAAGAGAUCUAUGACUUGAUCAAGGACUGUUUUGUGACGGGAGACUGGGGCACCCAGGAUGCAAAGAGGCAGCUGGAGGAGGACGAGGCUCUGUAUGGGGACUUUGAGGAUCUGGAAACUGGGGAGACACAUACUGCACAGACAGGGGAAGAGGAGGAUGCAGACCGGGAAGACCAGAAUGAUAACCAGGACGAAAAGAACAGUGCAGAGACACCAGCAGAAGAAAAGACAGCACGAGAGAAGCUCCUGGAGAAGAAGAGGAAACUGAAGGAGUUGUUUAAUGCUGAGUAUGACAACGAGGAGGGAGGAGAGUCAUACUACGACAGUCUGAAACAAGAGUUAGAGCAGCAGGCACAGCUGAACCGCGCAGAGUUUGAGGACAUGGACGCGGAGACACGUGCGCAGUACGAGGGUUACCGGCCGGGCAUGUACGUACGACUGGAGGUGCCCCACAUGCCCUGCGAGUUUGUCACCAACUUUGACGCCUCUUACCCAGUGAUUGUCGGUGCCUUGAUGAGUGGUGAGGACAGUGUGGGAUAUGUGCAGAUGCGUCUGAAGAAGCAUCGCUGGCACAAGAGGAUCUUGAAGACCCGAGACCCCUUGAUCUUCUCUGUGGGCUGGAGACGAUUUCAGAGCGUGCCGCUGUACAGCAUCCAGGACCACAACAUGCGCAACCGCCUCCUGAAGUACACUCCUGAGCACCUGCACUGCAGCGCCACCAUCUGGGGCCCCAUCACCCCACAGGGCACGGGCGUCCUGUGUGUCCAGUCUGUUGGGGACCGGUCGUCAGACUUCAGGAUAGCCACCACAGGAGUCGUGGUGGAACUGGACAAGUCUGUCAACAUUGUGAAGAAACUGAAGCUGACAGGGUACCCACUCAAGAUAUACAAGAACACAGCCUUUAUCAAGGACAUGUUUAACUCCGUCCUGGAGGUGGCCAAGUUUGAAGGAGCCACUGUGAGGACCGUGAGUGGAAUCAGAGGCACCAUCAAGAAAGCUAUCAAGGCUCCCGAAGGGGCCUUCAGGGCCACGUUUGAGGACAAAAUCAAACUGAGUGAUAUAGUGUUUGUGCGUACAUGGUGCCCAGUCCAAGUGCCUAGACUGUACAACCCCCUGACCACCCUCCUGUUGGCUGAGAAGGACAAGUGGUCAGGCAUGAAGACUGUUGGACAGCUCAAGUUUGAGAGGGGAAUCAGGAACAACCCCAGCCAGGACUCACUCUACAAGCCCGUGGAGAGGAAGCCCCAGAGGUUCCGCCCCCUGAGGGUGCCAGCCAAGCUGCAGCAGCAUCUGCCCUUCAAAACCAAGCCUAAACAGAACCCUGCCAAACCAGUCAAGGUCAUGGAUAGACCAGCCGUCAUCAUGGAACCACAUGAAAGAAAGGUUGCAGCCCUGAUGAAGGCCCUACGGUCUGUCCACAAGGACAAGAAAGACCAGGAGAAGAAAAAGGUCAAAGAGCGAUACCAGAACUACAGGAAGCUCCUGGAAAAGGAGACCGCCAAAAGAGAGGCCCGAGAGAAACAGUCGAAGAGGAAAGUCUACUCCAUGAUGACCCAGAUGGAGACAAAAAGGAAAAAGAAACAGGGACUCAGUCACGACGUUCCCAAAAUGGGCAAGUUUGAGUAGACUGGAGACCAUAGGAAAUAUGGUACAUUAUGAAGUAAGUUUAAACUGUGGUACAUUAUUUGUGGUACAAGUUUAAACUAUGGUACAUUAUGAAGCAAGUUUAAACUGUAAUUUCCAACACAAGAAAUUGGACUCACCCAAAUUUUCGACUGUACAACUCCAGUCUUUGUUAAG